AUGACUAUCAAACAACUUUUGACAUGCCGCCCUCGCCUUCAUCCUCGCCUCCGUCUCCGUUGUUCCUUCAUUGCAGUGCUAGCGCCUUUCGAGACUCGUCCCAACCUUAAACCGAUACCGCCCGCCUGGCCACUCGCAACCCACUCUCAUCUCAGGCACUUCACAAACCAGCCCAACAUCACUGUUGAUGUUCGAUGUCCAGAAUGUGGAGCUAAUCCGGAACCAUCGUCAAUCGAUCGAUCAACUUCUAAGUCCAUCUGCCACCGCUGUGACAGCUUUCUUCCUCUCACAGUUGCUGGCUCGCACUUUUCCCUGUUUGGUCUACCAAAAGGUUACCGAAUCGAUCGAAGUGCACUUCGUCUUCAAUACCAUCGAUGGCAACAAUUGGUACAUCCUGAUCUCAUUGCUGGUCGCCAAAACACAACUCUCGCUCAAACCGAUCGAUCAGGUCUCAAUCGGAUCUCUCAGGCUGAGUUGGCUUCGCAGUGGAGUAUUCUUGUCAACCAAGCCCGAGCGACCCUGGAGGAUGAUGUAAAGCGAGCGGCUUAUAUGCUUGAGCUAGAUGGAAGGCUUUCAAUGCCUGAUGAGAGUGGGAAUAAUUCAGUGGAUCCAAAUCUCUUGAUGACAUUGAUGGAAGCUCACGAGCAGCUGGAAGAAGCCGAGACUGAGGUAGAAGUGAUGGAAAUUCGAAGGGCCAACAAAGAAAUGAUACAGGAAACAGUCUUAGAGCUCGAGCAAUUAUGGAAUCCCGAUAGUCAACUUGACAUUGAUACACUCGAACGUGCAAGGGCAUUGGCUAUCAAAUUGCGAUACUUGGAAACUAUCGAUAACAAUUGUCGUGAAUGGCGUCCACCAAUCACAUGA